GUUAAAUAAAUUAAUUUGUGUUAUUAUUUUUAGAAUAACUUAAAAAUAAUUCCAAAGUGAGUAACGAACUUGAUGCAAACUCAGUCAUUGGAGCACUGUUCGAGUAACUGCAAAGGUCUUGUCAUGACUUACAAAUCAUUAAUACCAGUGUUAUUUUUCCUGAAAGUUCUUUUAUUAACGAGCAGGGUUAAAAGUCAAGGGUAUGUUCCUUACAUAGCAGGAGGCUUACCAGCAUUAAAUGGAAAUUUAACACACCUUAGUGAGUUCCCUUUUAUGGCUGCUCUGGGAUGGAUGAAUAAGGACAGAGGCAUAGAAUUCCUUUGUGGGGGAAUGCUAAUAAGUUCGAAAAUAGUUUUAACGGCUGCUCAUUGUGUUCAUAGAAAUGGCAAACUACCAGAUGCAGUGUUUUUGGGAGGAAACCCCCUUACUGAAUAUAGACCCCAUGGAAAUUCAACUUUUUCGAUUGAGUAUGCAAUAACUUACCCGGAAUAUGACUCAAAUCAGGCUUAUCAUGAUAUUGCAAUAUUGGGAAUAAAUAACCACAGAAACAAAUAUGAAGGAUUUCACCCAAUAUGCUUAUGGAGCAAUGAAGUUCUCCCUACCAAUGAUACUAUAGCUAUUGGAUAUGGACUUACGGAAUUUGCUGGAAGGGAUUCGAAACAAUUGUUAAAGGUGGACUUAAAGGUAUUUCCAAGUGAAUUUUGUGAAUCUUUUUACAAAAGGCAAAAGAAAUUCAAGUCAGGUAUUUCCAAUGCUCAUUUGUGUGCUGGCGAUAAGGAUGAAAUAAAGGACACGUGCCAAGGUGAUUCUGGUGGACCACUUAUUGUAAAACAUAAUGGUCGAAAUUUGGCUGUUGGCAUCACAUCUGAAGGACAAGCAUGUUCCGGAUUUCCACCAGCUAUUUAUACAAAUAUUGCUCCGUACUUGGAAUGGAUAAGAUACAUUUUAAAGGACCAAGACGAAUAUUUGGAACAUUGUGAUAGGGUUAAACAAGUUAAGUUUACUAAUUUAUGAACUUAACUAUUAAAUUAACAAGGAAAAUAUUAAGAUAACUUUUCUUUUUAUAAAAAAUAGAAUAAAUAGUAUUUUAAAAUGUAUGGAUUUAUUAUAUUUAAGAAAUAAUAAUUUAGUUACACAAGAUUUAUAAAUCGAUAACAGUGUUGGCGCAGAUUCGAUAAACUAUGAGUCU